AAAUGGACCUUACUAUAUCACAGUAACGCGCUUCUCUUUUGUCGCUAUAGAAACGGGGGCUCUUUCUUUCUUUUCCAGUUCUUCCACCUAAUUUAAUUACGCAAGCUAGUGAGUAAGUCUGCUAACACGCUAGCCAGCUGAUUAGCUAAUACCUGUCUUAUUGUUUACUUUUGGAGCUAGCAACUAGUGACGAUAGUUAAGCUGCUGGUUAGUGUGACAGCUGGUCUCUGAUCUCUGCGGUUUUUAUUUUUAUUUUUUUGCAUUUCAGCUUCACGUUCACUAAAAACCUUUAAGGAGAUUUGACAAAAAUGGGUGCUUUCUUGGACAAGCCAAAGAUGGAGAAGUUUAAUGAGCACGGGGAUGGAAACGGUGUGCGCUAUGGCCUGAGCAGCAUGCAGGGAUGGAGGGUCGAGAUGGAAGAUGCACACACGGCGGUCAUUGGCCUGCCUCAUGGCCUGAACACGUGGGCGUUUUUUGCUGUUUAUGAUGGGCAUGCUGGCUCUCAGGUGGCACGGUACUGCUGCGAACAUCUGCUGGAGCACAUCACCAGCAACCCAGAUUUCAGAGGCGGAGGCCCAGGUGGAGGCAGUGAAGUUUCUCUUCCAGAGCCAUCAGUGGAGAGCGUGAAGAACGGCAUUCGCACAGGCUUCCUGCAGAUCGAUGAGCACAUGCGGGCCAUUUCAGAGCGCAAGCAUGGUUCUGACCGCAGUGGCUCUACUGCCGUGGGAAUCAUGAUCUCUCCAAGCCAUUUUUAUUUCAUCAACUGUGGUGACUCACGGGCUCUGCUAAGCCGUGGUGGCCGGGUCCAUUUCUUCACUCAAGACCACAAGCCCAACAACCCUUUGGAAAAGGAAAGGAUUCAGAAUGCGGGCGGUGCUGUUAUGAUUCAGCGGGUCAACGGCUCUCUGGCUGUCUCUCGUGCUCUUGGAGAUUUUGACUACAAGUGUGUGCAUGGGAAAGGCCCCACAGAACAGCUGGUGUCUCCAGAGCCAGAGGUGUAUGAGAUCGAAAGGUCAGAUGUAGAGGAUGAGUUUGUGGUAUUAGCCUGUGAUGGAAUCUGGGAUGUCAUGUCCAACGAGGAACUAUGUGACUACGUGCGCUCACGGCUAGAGGUGACCGACGACCUGGAGACGGUGUGUAACGAAAUAGUGGACACCUGUUUGUACAAGGGUAGCCGUGACAACAUGAGCGUGGUACUGGUAUGUUUUCCAGGUGCACCCAAGAUCAAUCCAGAAGCUGUGAAGAGAGAAGCUGAGCUGGAUAAGUACUUGCAGAACAAAGUAGAAGAGCUCAUUCAGAAGCAGGGCGUGGACAGCAUUCCAGACUUAGCCCAUGUGAUGUGUGUGUUAGCGACGGAGAGCAUCCCCAACCUUCCACCUGGGGGAGAGCUGGCUAGCAAACGCAGCGUUGUCGAGGAAAUGUACAAUAGACUCAACCCAAACCAAAGUGACAGCACUUGUGGAGCGACCAACUGGGGCAAUGUAUGCGGAUCCUCCAGGCUCUAAAUAGGAUCCUUUCUUUUCCUCUCAUACUUUUUACACACGUUUUGAAGAAAAAGAUGCUGAUAUCAUGAUCCAGCAACACCAGGGGCUUCCAGUUUUACGACUACUGUAAGAAGACCUACUGCUACCUCUAAUUACACUCUUUGUAUUCUGCCUUAAAAACUGUCUAAGAAAGACAGAUACAGGUAUAAUAAUGAGGAAAGUCAACUGGAAGUCUGUGAACAUUAUAUGUAGCAUGUGCUGAAAGCAAUUCCUACUUAAGAAUAAAUGUCUAUAGAUCAA